AUGACGCCUCCGAAACGAGGUUUGUCUUCAAAAUAUUGUGAAGCUCACUUUAAAAAAGAAAUAUUUCAGAACGAAGCGUGGAAAAGGUGAAGGAUCACUAUUUGAAAAUCGAAGAAAAACAGCUUAAGAAACAGUUCGAGUGAGCUCUUCAGAAUAUUCCUAAGAUUUUAAAACUCUUUGAGGGAGAAUAGGAGCCUCUGGAAAGAAAAGCCUAGGAUUUAGAAGACGCGUAAACUGAACCAGAAACUUGAUAUUACUCGCAAAACACUCAAAAUCAGUGAUUAAAGAAGCAGGGCGAAGCUUAUAUAGUCUGUGUACCACGACUUGGAAAUUCACGGAACGACAUUCCGCUGUGCCGCGGCGCGCCUUUGCGAACCUUGGUCGCACUUUUAAUUUUUUUUUUUUUUUUUCUUUGAUCAAGGUACUCUACUUUCCUAUGCUCCCACAUGUGGCCACAGUAAUAAUAAUCAAUUGAAAGCGUGACUUAGAUUGGAAAGACGCUGCAAAAUUAUCUCUGACUCUCGAGAAUUUAGUUGUUUUUUUGUUUCUCUGACGGCUUUUUUGGAUUUCACGGAAUCUAUUUUCGCAUGGCAUUAUAAUGAUAUAAGCAAGCCUGAAGAAGAUAAAUUCUGCUGUGCGCACGCGCACCAGAAUUUUGUCUUUUCUUGGGGUGUCUUUUCUAUUUUUUUAAGCUUUUUAACUGAUUGAAAAGUUAUAAAUCUAAUAUUUUUCAUGUCUAUACUUCUCUGAUUUGUGCUCUGCCACGGUGUUCCGCGCAAUGAAAAAAAAUGCGAAAUUUUGGGUCCCAGCGGCAUAUUAUCCGUGGCGCAUUAUUGCGCCCUUCUCAUGGUUUCUGAUGCAAAAAAAUUGAAUUUCUUCACUUUUUUUCAUUGGUUUUUUUACUUUUUUUCUAUUUCUUGCAUUUAUGUGAUCUGCCUCUCUAUGGGUACAUCUUUGUGAAGCUUUUAAAUUGCGCAUUUUUUUCUAAACCGGUUUCAGAUCUUUAACUUUUUUUUCUCAAAAAGAGCUGAAGAUUUUUUUCUAAAAAGUCCUAAUUUUUUUUCAAAAAUUUUUGAAAUCUGUUUCGCGACAUGAAAAAUAAUCACUCUAUUUCGGAAACUAUAGUUUUUUUAAUUUAAUCAGUUAAUAAUAAAAAAAGUUAUUAUUUAGUUCCUUUGACGUAGUUUAAAAAUCGGUUUCGCGUAAAUUAGAGCCAAAUUGAAUUUGCUGAUGCAGUUUAAUGAUUUUGAUAUAUGCAUCAUCUAAAUUAUAUUUUUUUCUAGUUUUUUUGAUGGUUUCUCGGAUUUAAACAAAAAAAUUUCGCCAUACGAGGUUUUUCUAAAAAUUUCUGCUUUCUAUCCAUUAUUUGUUUUUUUCUGAAGCUAGGUUUUCGAGGUAUAUAAAAUGUUUUUCAUUUGCUCCUCGAAUUUUCCUCAUUUCAAUAUUUUUUUCGUAUUUAUAAAUGCUUAUUCAACGGGAGCUGAUUCAUUUUCAUAAUAUUUUUUUGUUUUUUUAUUUUGUAAUCAUUAAUUUAGAGUUUUCCCUUUUUCGAAAUCGUUCCUAAAUGUUUUUUUAACGUAAGUGAAUGUUUUUUUCACAUCAUAUCCUUCAAAAUGACAAAUUUCGAACAUUUCAGGAGCUAUUAUCCUGAAAUCGCAAAUUCUAAAAUUGAAAAAAGUAUUUUGAGUAUGCGAUAGUGCGUCUCGGUGUGCUUACACCCUAAGCAUCAUAAUUUACGAAAAGUCUUGACCUUGCGUAAUGAAAAAAACACCGUGCUGCUCCAGUUUAUAACAACUAGAACGCACAAAAAUUUGAAAUACCAAAAUUUCCUUUGGCAAUUUUUUUUUCAUAAAUUUGUUCGAAAGUGCUCCGAACAAAUUUAAAACGUGAGCAGUUCUGGGUAAUAUUAAAAAAAUGUGAAAAAUAUAUCUCAAAACUGUAUUCAAAAAUUCAAUGAAAAGACGAAAAAAGAAACAGUACCCCGCGCGUGCGCGCACCAGUGCCUGAGUUACUAUAUUUUGUUUUCUAUUUAAAUAUAUAUUAUCAGCCACUUUUUUUAUGCUAAUUUAGAUUGCUUAUCAAGUAAAAAUUAGUAUCGCAGAAAGAAACCUAGUUUCGGUUUGCGAUUUAACUCGAAGUAAGAUGUAUUAAGCAGAAGCUCUUUCAAACGGGGAGUUUUGUUUUUCAUUGGUUUUUCUUUUUUAUACUUGCAUUGUUUUGAUUCGAUAAAUUAAAAAAAUUUUUGCUUUUCAAAGUUAUGCACUUUCCAUAAAAAAAUGAAAAAGAUGGCAAUCGUUCGAAUAUUACAGAAAAUUAGCGAAAUCCAGCAAGCCGCUGUUGGAGACCAAGUCGAAAAUACUUAAUUUCGUUGGAUUGGUCGAAGACAGGAAUCGCUGUUGUGUUCAUGUUUCAUUGACGAAUAAUUCAGAUCAAGUAAGAUAUUUUUCGAAUUGAAAAAAUAGGAAAAGUGAUCAAAUUUUCAGAUAAUCGCCUACAUUGUUCGCUGUCCAGAAAGUCCGUGUUUUUUUGUGAAACCCAAGGUUAGUAUUAUAAAUGUAUUGAAUUUCCAUACAUUUUUUGAGUGAAGAUCGGUGUCGUUUACCCUGAGGCGACGACUACUUUGUACUUCACAUUUCGAUCGAAAUGUCACCGUGUACCUGAUGAUUAUGCUUGGUUUUAUACGGUGUAUCAAAUUGAAGUGAGCAUAGUUAUAAAAAAAAGCUCUUUUAAAACCGACUUGACAGUUAAUUGUGAAUUUUAUUUCUUUUUUAUAAUCUUUUUAAAGCAUCUAAAAGAUAAAAGAAAGGUCUCACAAGUUGGUGGGGUGAACGCGCUAAGUCGUCAGUUUCGGAGCCAGGAAAUUAUUUUAAUUUUUUUUUCUUUUUUUUUGCAAUUUGAUGAAAACCUGUUUCUCGAGGUUACAAGAUGAGUUACGUCACAAAAAGUACACUCGUUUUCAUUUUAUUACCCAUUAACCUAGCUUGAUUACCGUAAUACGACCAGCCGCCUUAAACUUGCGUUGGCACACUGUAGCGAUAUCUUUGUUAAUAACGAGUUUUUUGUACGGAAAAAUGAAUUGAAAAAAAAAAACAAAACUAGAACAUCAAUGAAUCAAAUUAAGUUUUAACACUCAAGUUUUUGCAAACGCCAGCAAGUCUUAGAAAAAAGCCUAAUUUGUGAAAUUCAACUUAACAUGUUAGUAAGCAAAACAUUUUAUGUAUUUUUUCACCUAUUAAUGUCGAAAACAGCUUUUUUAACUAUAUUAAAUAGAAAUAGUGGCGAAAAAACGGUCAAGUGUGGCCAGUAUAGACGGCGCAGUGCGAAUCGAACGGGUCCCGGUAGGUCUGAACUGGUGGGAAAUAAUGCCAGCCGUGGAACGUCGGUUGAACGGCGGAGCAAAAAUAUGCAAACUCGGACUCUACAAGGAGCUUGCACCGUGCGAGCACUGAUUUUGCACUUUUUUGUUGCACGGUGCAUGUUGUCGUUUUGCACCUCGCAGUUUUGGGUCUUUUUCAGUGCGCAUGAGGUGCAACACCGCACGGUGCUGACACUCCGAAUCAGAAAAUUGGGUAUUCGAAAUCCUGUCAAUUCAGUCCAUUUCUAUCAGUUCUACAUGUUAUUUAUAAUUUUUUUUCCGUUUUAGUGAUGGUUUUUUUCGUUAGAAAAGUCGGAUGAUGAAGAAAGAAAAGGCCUAAAUUGAGUAGCAAAGCAUGUUUAGUUUUGUGGUCCAGAGUGUCAGCACCGUGCGGUGUUGCACCUCAUGCGCACUGAAAAAGACCCAAAAUUGCGAGGUGCAAAACGACAAUGUGCACCGUGCAACAAAAAAGUGCAAAAUCAGUGCUCGCACCGUGCACGCUUCUUGUAGAGGAAAGGGUGGAAAAAGGCUUCAUAGAAAUGUUCCUUUUAUGAUGACGAAGGCUCCUUUUUUGCGCCAUUUUCUCGGCCUUUUUGCACCAUUUUUGCUGCCUCUUCCUUUCUUUACCAUUUCUCGAGCCUUUAAAAUCCCAGAAAAAUGGGAAGCUCGAUAAAAAGGCUUUUUUUGCUGCCUUUCUGCAUCCUUUUUUGAGCAUCUUCCUUUUAGCGGCCAUUUUUCACCAUUCCGACUUUGCUCGAGAAGAAGGUCAGCGGGUGAACAACAAGGCAAAAGCGCCUUAACGCGUCGUUCUAAAUCGGGUCCACUAUAGGUUCAUCCGAUUUUCACCCGAUCUAACACGGCACACAGGCGAAUCGGGAUGGUACCAUAAUAUGUCCACAAAGAUACCUCUCAAAAUGGAUCGGGAAGACCCCAAAAAAUGGAUUGGGGAAGACCCCAAAAAAAAGUCCAUCGUGAGAACUCCAGCAUACCUUUAAGCUAUAUCUGAGCCAUCUCGGAGGUACUUUAGAUUCUCUUUUUCUAAUUCACAAACCCACUCUUUUUCUAAUUUUUCUCGAAAAGAAAUAAAUUUUAAAAGUCAUUCUUAAAAACAUUUCGGACUUUUUUUACGAACAUUUUUUCAGUCAAAUGUUUAUUAUCCUUCGAUAGAAUGAGUUUUUUUUUUGAGUCUUUUGAAACGGCAAAAAACAGUUUUGACGAAUAUCAUCUUCCAAAAAGUUUUUGCUGGAUGUUGGAGGACGUCAUGACGCGUCAGCAAUGCGUAAUUUUGAAUAUCGGGCCUUCGUCUUGAUUUAGUCCAUGUUUAAAACUUGAGCGAGUCAGUUUUCAUCAUUCACAGUUAGAUUUCUGGAAGUUCUCUCCGAUAAGCGGAUAUUUUUUCAUUUAUGAAAAAUUUGUGAUGAAGUCUUCGAUUUAGGUCCCAUCGACGAGGCUGAAAUGGCUGAAAGAAGACGAGUUCUCCUCAACGCAUGCCAGAAGCAUCUGGCGGGAACACGGCCGCAAGCCUGUGGAUAAUUUGCUUUUUCUGGCUGCCACUUUCGAGGAGAUCAACGACGGAGAGCCCCAUCGCGAAUGUCAACGGCAUUUUCCCAUUCAACCUGUAAUGGUCAACGAGGAGGGCAACGUUCGUGAGUAUUCGAGCUUUUCGAGGAGGGAUUCUCAUGUAAAAUGUACCCUUGUAUCGAACAUAGUCUAGCGAUAAAGAACAGAAAAAUGAAAAAUUAUCCUGAAAAUCAAAUGAAAAGGUUUUUCUUGUUGUUAAAUUAGACCGAAAAGUUAGGAAACAUUUAAGAUUUUAGUGAACUUUCAUCAUGACAGAAUCAGUGAGUAUUGAGAAAAAGUAGAAAAUAAAAAAGUAAAUUUCACCAUUUAUAAUGAAACUAUAACUUUCAUUUUUUUGGGAAAAAAAUGGAUUUAUUCAAAUUAAAAAUUCUUAACUUUUUUUAUUCCUUAUUUAAUCUUAUAUUUCUUUUUUUCAUAUGGUUAAUUUUUUUUGCGGCUUUGAGCUCUUCUUUUCUCAAAAGAUGCGCUAUAAGGAAACUGCUGUCAUAACGAAAGAAAUGAAAUACAAAAGAAAGUUUUGCAGAAAAGUUCACUGAUGUGGCCAUUUUUUCUCGUGGGAAAUUUGUAUUUCGUGUACUUUUUAUCAUGAGAUUUUUACCUUUUUUUCCACUUGUAAAUUAAUUUUCAUUUCUUGUUCUAACCAGGGAACGUUUUUUACCCCCCGGUUGAACUUUUGCUGAAACUUUGUUGAAGUGUACUUUAGGACCCCCUGAUUCCAGAACAAGAAGAAAAUUUCUCGCAAUAGAUCUUGUUUCCGAAAUAUGGAGCUUCAAAGUGUGCAAAAUACGCAAAUUAGGCCAAAAAAGCGCUAUUUCGGGCUUUUGAAGUGUCCUAACUCGAAAACGAGAUCUAUUGCGAGAAAUUUUCUUCCUGUUCUGGAAUCAGGGAGUCCUAAAGUACACUUCGGCAAAGUUUCAGCAAAAGUUCAACCGGGGGGUAAAAAACGUUCCCUAGUAAGCAUACUUUACAUUUUUUGUUCAAUUUUCAGUGGAAGAGGAGGAGUACGACCCUGACCGUCACGAGACUACAGACGACAUGCCGGCCACCGCGGAAACUUGA